AUGAGACCGAGCACGUCGGCGAACUUCCAGCUUCUGGCUAUUGCGUUUUUCCUGUGUACGGUGUUCAAAGCCGUCGUGGUCGCUGGACUGCCCCUUCCUCACCCUGUACUAGUAUCACUGGAAGAUUUCAUCCCGCAGCAGCCUGAGGGUCGGGAGGACAAUAACAACAUCAACCGCGGCGGCAAAGAUGUUCAAGUUGUCGACCCGAAGGGCAGACCCAAACCUGUCUCUUUUACUCCACAGCCGCAGUAUAUUGUGCUCACGCCGCCGCUCCUCCAACACGAUGUCCAGAGACAGAUGCCAGUCGAGGUAUUGACUCAUGUAUCGUCGGCGCCGGCGGCUGGGAGGAACCGCUACCGCUUUUUCUCGAGAGGCAGGAGACGCGAUGCCAGAGAUCGGAAUGAGCCAUCAGGAUUGUUGGCUGGCAGUGGCAAUGUGGGCGUGGAUGUGCAGGAGGAUACGAGUGGCGGGGAUUGGGAGGCUUGGGGCCAGCAGUUUCAAGCACAGUUGAGAGAGCGCCGGUGUCAUACUCAGGGGGCAGAUUGUUCGGCCUCAGCCAAGGUGAAGCGGUGA